AUGCAUGGAAUGCCAACUUUCUUUUCACCUGGACAACUGGAGGACAUGUUGUUGUUGUUACUGGAGAUGGAACAAAUGAUGCCCCUACUCUACAUGAGAGAGAGUAAACCGAAGCUUGAGGAUUUAUUACAGAAGUGGUCUGAAUGGCAUAAUCGACAUCAAUCUUCAUCUCAUGAUUCAAACGUUGAGGUGGAAUCUGGUGAAUGGAUGUAUUUUCCAGCUCUUAAUGUUGGUCUAGAUAAACCUUCUACACUGCUAUCAAUUCAGUAUCACCACUUUGUUAAAAAGACUAAAAUAGUACCCCCUAUGUUGCCAUCUGAAACAUGUGUAUUGUUUUGUGUAGUCAUUCUGGAUGGAUGGGCAAACUAG